GCAUUGUCUUAUUUGGGCAGUGCUUUUCAUCGCAAUGGCACCGUCAGUUAUAAGACCAGUUCUGUUUUUGACCGUAUUCUACAUCCAGGUAUUUUACAUAGAAGCUGAACCAUUACAUAUCGGUGCGUUUAAUAUUCAACUUUUCGGAAAGGCUAAAAUUAACAAGCCUGAUGUAGUUGACAUUCUAGUGCGGGUUCUGGACCGUUAUGAUUUAGUUCUUAUCCAGGAAAUCCGUGAUAAAUCUGGUACGGCGAUUAUGAAACUUCUGGAAUCAUUAAAUAGUGUUUCGAAAGAUGAAUAUCAAAUGGUUAUAAGUGGCAGAGUCGGGAGAACAUCCUCGAAGGAACAAUAUGCAUACUUCUAUAAGUCUGAUCGUUUAGAGGUAACGGAUAAAUACGAAUAUGACGAUGGAGAAGAAGGCCUGGAAGAAACAACUGAUAUAUUUGAACGCGAACCGUUCAUAGUUCGCUUUAAAUCACCAUCGACACUUGUGAAAGAUUUUGCCAUUGUCGGAAUACACACAAAACCAACUGCAGCCUUUGAAGAAAUCGACAGUUUAGCAGAUGUUUAUAGGGACAUAAUACAGAAGUGGGAGAUUAAUGAUGUUAUCAUAGCAGGUGACUUAAACGCAGGAUGUUCAUAUAUCAAGAAUUGGAAGGACAAUCGCUUGAGGGACGACAGAUUUACUUGGCUUAUUGAUGAUAACGCAGAUACAAAUGUUGCACCAUCCGCAUGCGCAUAUGACAGGUUUGUUAUUGCUGGUCAAACCCUUAAGAAGAGUGUUAAGCCAUGUUCAGCAAACACUUUUUAUUUUAGCGCCAUUUACGGACUCGAACUUGAACUUACAAAGGCGGUUAGCGACCACUUUCCCAUCGAAUUCACUCUUUCAUAGGAUCUCAGUCAUUUAGAAGUUGUGGAUGAAGAUAUAGCUUUGGUUGAGAACAUACUCGACGAAUUGUAGAAUACUGCCUAAUAAAAAUGUACAAAGAUGC